CUUUCUACAAAACUGUCACCAGAACCAUGGCCGAAUACUCCUUUGUGAAGUCCACCAAACUCGUGCUCAAGGGAACCAAGACCAAGAGCAAGAAGAAAAAGAGCAAAGAGAAGAAGAGGAAAAGAGAGGAUGAUGAAGAAACCCAACUUGAUAUUGUUGGAAUCUGGUGGACGGUAACGAACUUUGGUGAAAUUUCAGGAACCAUAGCAAUUGAGAUGGACAAAGGAACCUACAUACACGCACUUGACAAUGGACUGUUCACGCUGGGAGCCCCGCAUAAGGAAGUUGACGAGGGCCCCAGUCCUCCAGAGCAGUUCACCGCUGUCAAACUGUCUGACUCCAGAAUUGCCCUGAAGUCUGGCUACGGGAAGUACCUCGGUAUAAAUUCAGACGGCCUCGUGGUGGGGCGUUCGGAUGCGAUUGGACCAAGAGAACAGUGGGAGCCAGUCUUUCAAGACGGGAAAAUGGCUUUAUUGGCCUCCAAUAGCUGCUUUAUCAGAUGCAAUGAAGCAGGCGAUAUAGAAGCAAAAAGUAAAACAGCAGGAGAAGAAGAAAUGAUAAAGAUUAGAUCCUGUGCUGAAAGAGAAACUAAGAAAAAAGAUGAUAUUCCGGAAGAGGACAAAGGAAAUGUGAAACAGUGUGAAAUCAAUUACGUAAAGAAAUUUCAGAGCUUCCAAGACCACAAACUUAAAAUAAGUAAAGAAGACAGUAAAAUUCUUAAAAAGGCCCGGAAAGAUGGAUUUUUGCAUGAAACACUGCUGGACAGGAGAGCGAAAUUGAAAGCUGAUAGAUACUGCAAAUGACCAGGAUUUUUGUCUCUGCCUUCUUUUGUUUUGUUUUUUUUUUCUGAAUAAAAUAACCAGUGGAAGUGUUUUUACAGA